AUGCCAAAUACUGACAUGCCAAACGGUAGCCGUGCGCCAGCACCCCCUUCUUUAAACUCCUCGUCUUCCUCCUUCACCAAUGUAGACUCACAGCAUCUUGAAUCAGAAGCCUCCGAGACCGCCGACCAAGCAAAGGAGAAGACCUCUGAAGCCGCCGAUAAAACCAAGCAAAAGUCCUCCGAAGCUGCCGAAACCACCAAAGAGAAAUCCUCCGACUACGCCCAGACCGCCAAAGAGAAGGCCAGAGAGGCAGCCGACUAUACCAAAGAGAAGUCUUCCGAUUUCGCAGACUCCGCAAGCAAGAACUACAGUUCGGCGAAGAAGAGUGCGGAGAAGAAUGCAAAGGAGGCCAAGAAGGAGAUUAAGAGUGCUGGACAGGACCUGAAUGAGAACAGGGACAAUCCAGUUGUCAUUGCCAACGGCGUGUUGAUAGUCGCUGGAAGCGCGGCAUUGGGAUAUGGAGCAUACACCAAGCAUGUGAAGGGAGAGCUAGAUUGGCAAAUCGCGGCCAUCACCGCUGGAGUCGUGGGCGUGUUGGCUGUGGGCGACUACUAUUUGAGCCAAUACCUGUUCAAGAACAAGUACCCCAAGAAGUAG